UAAGACCGUGGACAAGUGUGUAUAACCCGUUUUCCAAGUCAUAUUGUGUAAAUUUAAAUAUUAGUUAUGCUCUAUAUGUCGCGCCUCUAAAGGCCCUGACAUCACCCGUUGCGGCUCGCUUGCUCAAGCUAGCCCCGCGGUUUUAGAACAAAUUAUAUAUCAUCCCAUUUUUAUAGUUAUUUCAUUAUAUAUAUUAAUAUUGUCAAUAAAUUUAUGUGAUACCAAAAAUUGGAGUUUUUAAUAUUUCAAUAUGACAAGUCAUUGAAUAUCAUUGCACUGUGUCAACUGGCGCCCAACCCGUGACUCAACACGACCAACCAGAAGAGAGGAGAAAUACAUACACACAUCAAUUGUUAAAAUAAAUACUCGUCGAGUUUACUAGUCGGUACGUUAGAAACGUAUACCCAAUAAUAACCAGUACGGUCAUUCUUUGCAAACAAAUUGCCUAGCUGGCACGGCUGACAAACGGAUCUACUAGUCGGUACGGCAGAAGCAUAUACUCGUCGAGUUUACUAGUCGGUACGUCAGAAACGUAUACCCGAUAAUAACCAGUACGGUCAUUCUUUGCAAACAAAUUGCCUAGCUGGCACGGCUGACAAACGGAUCUACUAGUCGGUACGGCAGAAGCAUAGACUCGUCGAGUUUACUAGUCGGUACGUUAGAAACGUAUAACCAAUACGAUUAUUCAUUGCAAACAAAUUGCCUAGCUGGCACGGCUGACAAACGGAUUUACUAGUUGGUACGGCAGAAUCAUAUACCCGGCAAUUUUACUAGUCGGUACGGUAGAAUCAUACAUCUGUCGAUCUUAUUAGUCGGUUCGGAGAAUUAUAUACUUGUUAUUAAUUAUUAAAACGACAACAUGACUAGACGGAACCAGGUGACGCCUGGGGAGGAUCCGACGGAAAAAACACGACAGUUAGAGGGAAAGGUAGCAGCAUUAGAAAAGACCACACAACAGCUACAUAAGAAACUAGAGAUGAUGGAAAAUCAAUAUGAAGCGUUACGACAACUCAUUAAUGACACAGAUACCAAACUACUAGUGACGACAGCACGGCAAGAAAAAGAUAUCCAGACAUUACAGACCAAUGUUACUUCAUUACAGAAUACAAAAAACGAUGGUAAUGUUAUUAACACUAUCACCAGAUCAACAGUAGAUAUUACAGCCCCAACAUUUAGUGGAGAGAGCAAGACAGAACACCCAAAACAAUUCCUUAAGGAUAUGUAUAAUUACCUGGAUCACAAACAAAUUACUGCCAGAAGAGAAAAAAUGAUAGUAAUAGAAAACAAUCUUCGUGGAAAAGCAUCAAAAUGGUACACAAUGAUCAAAGAUGCAGCUCUAGACGAAGUAACAUUCAGUGAAUUGUUCCUCAAGCAUUUUUUCUCUGAAAAUCAUCAAUGGGAGAUUUUCAUUAAAUGCACAGAAGCGGGAAAAAAACCUAUUAAAAAGGAUUUUCAGGAACAUUUUCAUCAUUGGAUGGCGGAAUUAAAACACUUAAACUCACCUAAGAUGAAUGAAGAACAAGCAAUAAACUUAAUUACAAAACAUUUCCCGAUAGCUAUCCAAGCAUAUAUACAAACAACAAAAGAAAAGAAGUGUUUACCUAUAUGGGAAAAAUUAGGUGAAUUGGAAAACAAUAAAAAUCACGAAGAGGAACCAAUCAAACAAAAUGAAAACACAACAAAACAAACAAAUUUUAGGCAAAAUAAUACAUAUAAUAGAAUGCCAUACCAAACAAACAAUCAAAAUUAUAACAAUACACCGGAUACGCACAAACCAUAUGCACAAAGACCAGCACAGACCUAUGGAAACAAUCAUAAAUCAAACAUCAGACAAUUAACCAUGGACCAACCAGAUUCCAAUGAGGACACUAUAAACAGUGGCAGAGAAGAUCUAGAUGAAGACCAUGAUGGGACAAAAAACUGGGAACAGGGGACUGCGGAAACAGAUCGACCACAGUCAUAA